CACUGUCAUGAAAUAAAGCUGUUUUUGUGCCCCUAUUAGACGGAUUAUGGCGGAUGCGGUAGAUACGGGAGGCGAUGGUAGCUCAGCUCCAUCUGACGCGACCGACUCGCUUCCCAACGACGUAUACGAGUGCAAAAUAUGCUACAACUACUUCGACCUGGACCGCCACACUCCCAAACUACUGGGCUGCUCCCACACCUUCUGCACCGAGUGCCUCGACGCUCUGCACUCCCGGCAGGGCCGAGGAUGGAGGAUCGGCUGCCCUGUGUGUCGCCAGCGCACUAUAGUGCCGGAGUAUCGGGUUCACAACCUCCCCGACAACAUCGCGCUGACAGAAUCGCUCCCGAUUGAAACGCACGAGCCUGCGGACUCAUCAAACACAGACACCCCCGCAGCUCCGGCCGUCUCUUCAGCCGCGUCCCAAGAGAGCAACUGUCACACUUGCAAACAAGUCGCGUUUCUGAGCGGCUGCGGCUGCGCCAUCUUCUCUUUCCUGUCCAUGGUGGUGCUUUUACUUCUGGGCCUCAUCUUUGUGCAGAACUUCAAUCACACUACGUGGCCCGUCGGCCCUAUCUGUUUGUUUGUUGCCAGUGUCCUCGCGCUGUUCUCGCUCAUCCUCACUUGGUUAAUGUGCAUGUUGAAGAGCCGACCUGAUACUGAGGCAAGCAACUUCAGUUCCCUCACUUCUAAUGUAAUGUGA